CAGUCUUAUAUUAAAAAAUAUGAAAUAGUACUCAUGAUAAAGAAAUCAUGAUAGUACUUAGAUUUUAGAAUUAUGUAAAAAUCAAUAUGACAAUUGGCAUCGGCAAAAUAUUAUAUUCUGUGAUGUAAAUAAAGUUUUUUAGUCUAGAUGCAUUAAAAUAAUCAAACAAAAUUGUAUUUCAUUAAACUACAGAUUUCUUAACAGAAUAUUCUCAAUUGAUAAACCAGAUGGUCUGCAGUUAUGGUGCUAACUAAGAAAACAGUUAAUAUUGUAAACAUUGGCCUUUUAUUAUUCACUAUUUUUGUUUGGUCGUAUGUUGUUGCUACUGCUCAGAUGAUCCAUAAACAAACGUCAUCUUGUAAUUAGAGUUAUCACAUCUAAAAUAGGUUUAUUUAUUUAUCUUGAAGAGUCCUUUUACUAAUUAUUGUCUUGGUUUUGAAAGCUAGUCCAAACAUGGAAUCAACUACUAAUCAAAAGUCAUCGUUUGAUUUGUCUUUUAAAACAAAAUUAAAAGAAAUUAAUGACAUGUUAAUUAGUAUUGAAAACAACUGUAUCGAAACUGAUAAUUUCCAUGAUAUUUUACAAAAAAUUAAUAAACUUCAAGAGUUUUUAAAUGAUUCCAAAACAUUUUUACCUGCUUAUAAUAUGAAGAAGUGUUCUAAUGAAAUCAAAGACAUAACAAAGUGUUAUGAGCAAUUGCAUGAGAAAUUACAGCCCAAGAAGAAAUUUACUUUUGGUAAACGACCAACUAAAUCAGUAGUCAAACCGAAAGAAGACAGAUUUGAACCAAUAAAUGAAUCAAAAGUUUAUAAAGAAGAUUAUGGGUUCAAAAAUCGUUCUGAUGAAAAUCUAAAACUCACGGAAGAUGAAACUUUUUCGAAAGAUAUAGCUUUAGAUGUAUUGACCAAUUGCAAUGUCAUUAUUUGUGGUACACCUAGUACUGUGCGUGUGACAUCAUUGUCAAUGUGUAAAAUAUUUGCAUGUGCAAGCACUUCGAUUUUUGUUGAAAACUGUAAGGAUACAAUAUUUGUAUGCGCAUCUCAACAAUUGCGUAUUCAUGAUUCUAUUGCAACUGAUUUUUAUAUUUACGUUACUAGUAGUGCUAUAAUAGAAAACUGUAAACAAUUACGAUUUGCUCCUCUUACACUCAAUAGCCUACUACUUAAAAAAUCAUUUGAAUUAGCUAGUUUUGAUGAAUCUAAUAAUAAUUGGAAAAUUAUAAAUGAUUUUGAUUGGUUGUCAUCUUACGAGCCAUCACCAAAUUGGUGUGAAAUACCAGAAGAAGAACGCGAUCAACCUUCAGAAAAUAAUUAUGUUUAGUAUAUUAACAUUUUUUUUUAAUAUCUAUAUAAAAUAACUUCAAUAAAAAAAAAUUUUCACUGAUUCCAACUAACUAAAGAUAUAUUAAUUUUUAUUUAAUCUACAAAUGAUUUUUAUAUUAUUUUAUCACUGCUUAAAAUAAUAACUAUGAGAUAGAAAAUUUAUUGUAUUGUAAUAUUAGUGUUUAAGAUAUGAAAAUAUCAAUAAUAUAUUUUAAUUGAAUUUUUAA